ACCUACUCAACUGUGACAUCCGUCAUAAAAAUGGCCGCGCUUCGAGUGUUUAGUCGUAAUAUACCGUAUUUACGACAACAAUUUUCAGCUUUACUAGGGAACACAUCGCCAACAGUUAAAUUUAUUUGUGUCGUAGUGGUCAUAGGGUACAUUUUGUCAUUUUCUGAAGAUGUGGUUAAUGUGCUCAGCGUUACACCAGGAUACUUGUUACCUCCUUCGUUUCAACUUUGGUCCACUUUCACGUUCUGGUUUCUCGAGAUACAUUUGUGGGAGGUGAUUAUUGACAUUGUGACGGUCGGUUUGUGCGGAAAGUUGAUAGAGCCAUUAUGGGGUCAAAUAGAAAUGAUGAAGUUUUUCUUCCUAACGAACAUUGGUGUCGCAUUUCUAACGACAUUUUACUACUUAGUGAUAUAUGCUUGGACCCAGGAUACGUCUCUCUUAUUCGACAUUCACGUCCACGGACUUGCCGGCUACCUGGCUGCUGUGAGUGUGGCCGUUAAACAGAUUAUGCCAGAUCAUCUGUUGAUUAAAACACCAUUGGGUAAAUUAACAAACAGAUCGCUCCCACUUCUGAUACUGAUAGCAGCGAUCAUACUCUGGGCUGUAGGUGCCCUAGAAGGUACUUAUCCUUGCAUGUGGGGGAGUGGGACACUGCUGUCAUGGAUAUACUUGAGGUUCUGGCAGCGUCACAGCAGUGGCUCUCGAGGGGACAUGGCUGACAAUUUUAGUUUUGAUAAUUUCUUCCCAACGGUCCUGCAGCCAGUAGUGAGGGGCAUAGUGGGCCCCGUGCACCGCUGCUGCGUGCGCAUCGGCGUGUGCAGCGCGCGGCCGCGUCGCGUGCACCUGGCGCUCAACCCGCGCGGCCUCACCAUCUCCAUGCCCGGCGUCGAGCCGCAAGACAUGGAGCGGCGACGUCAAAUAGCUCUCAAGGCACUAAGCGAGAGAUUAUCCAAGACGUCCGAACAAACUCGUCAAAAGAACCUAUCGACCAAAGUCAACAUGGAAGCAGUCAGAAAGAUGCAGUCCCCACACGUGAUACCGCAGUUCCCGACAGAGGGCGAGCCUAGUCAACCCACGGCCCCUGCAGAGGCCACCCUGGUGGACAUAACCACUGAGCCACCACCCCCUAUAACGAAGACUUCAUGAUCGUAGGCAGUUGGUUAGAUUAGUUUAACAUUAUGAAAACAUGUGAAAUUCCGACCAUACACCUUAUGACACCAGUAUUGUGGCUAAUUCUGUUGUACAUAAUCUCUAAACUAAAUUGACAGGUCUUUCAGCAUUCUGUAAGUAAUAAUACGAAAGGGAUAGCAAUGCAUUUAUGGCCGAAAUUAUUAAUCAAUCCAUCUUUUAUCAGUUGAUAAGUUUCAUAGCAAUGUUAAUCAGCAAAAAUACGAUAUAAUGCGUAAAAAAUGACGUCUCACGCGCCAUUUUAACUUUUUUUUUUGUAUCAAAUGUCAUGUCCAAAGUACGAUUUUAGUCCUUAUUUCAAAGACCGUACUUUUGCCAUAACAGUUUACCCAU